AUGGCGCUGAAAGGACUAGAGAGUGAGGAAUUAGUUCAGAACCUGAGGCAGCUAGUCAUCAGUUUUGAGCCUCAUAUCAGGGAAGCAGGAUCUACUGAACAUGUUGAAGAAACUUUACAUCAUCUUGAAGAAAAUGAUGAAAAUUUUCACAGAUAUGAGUUUGUGAAGCAGUUAAAGAAGAAGAUAGAUGAGAUUUUGGGACCACAGAUCGAAGAUGAAAUUGAGAAACAUGGAGGACGAGUGGAUGGCCAGGAAACUCUUGUCAACAAAAUUGCUGAAAGAAUUAUUAAGUCAAAACCGUGUGCAGAUUUAACAAAGAAAUUAAAGUCUAACGUGGUUGAAGCUAUGAAUGAACUGGUGAAGAAUUUUGAUGCCGAGUUUGGUGUAGGAAGUCACAGUGCUGGGCGAUACCCAAAUAAGGAUGAUAGAAUGAGACCGUUUCAUGACUCCGAAGAAACUGAGUCUUCAUUAGACAGCUCUUAUAAUCAUGGCAGUUUAUUUAUGAAUUCAGAAUAUCUUCAACAAGUUUCUGAAAAGAUGAGUAAAACAAAGGAUGUUGCGACAAGACGUGAAGCUCUACAGAACAUGAACACUGUAAGAAUUGAUGAUGUAAUUAGCUGUGAUCAUUUCCAAGUCAUCAAGAAACAUAUCCUAGAUGCUCUUCUAGAUUCUGAUGAUCAAAUUGUGACAUUAUCUCUGAAAUUUGUGACGAGAGCUUUUAGCACACCAUCUCCACAUACCAAAGACAUUUAUACACUUCUUACUGAGCAUUUGAUUUGUCAUUUUCACAACCGUAAGAGUAAUAUGCCAAAGAUAAAGAAUGGGUUGGAUAUUGCCAGACCUGAAAUACGGAGAAUUCUGACAGCUUUCCGCCUAAUGAAUGAAUUUCAACAAGAAACAAUUAAUUACUGGAUAAGAUAUCCGGAACAGUAUUUAGAAGAAGUGUUAGUCAGUACCCUCAAUCUGCUGUCAAUACACCAUGUGGGUACAGUCGGGACGUCCCAGGGUCUGUCUCCCGUACAUUUCGUCGCACUAAUUGAUACAAAGGCUCAGUGGUUUAUCAAGUGGAUUCAUGGGAAUUUUCAGCAGAAGCUUCUUGUUAGACUUGUAGAGAAUGCUGUCAAAAAUUGUUUAGAAUUUUCCGCAGCAAGAAAAAGAACAGGAGAUCGUAUUACAGCAGGGGCCGAGUUAGAAUAUGCAUACUUCAUUCAUUCAGCUUGCGUUAUUG